AUGGAUAUCUGGGCCUUCAUAGACCGGAACGAGUGUGUAUACAACGUAAUAGAAGCCACAGACGUGUACAUUGCUGACAGCUUGCUGCAGCACUGCUUCACCUUUCUGGCGAGCGGCAUCGGCCAACAGCCAACGUAGCCACGACCAGAACCAGGACCGGACCAACACCACGGAGCGCAAAGUCAUUGGAGCGUCCUAUUCGCAUGCUGACAUUCUGGACUUCAACAAUCUGUAAAUCUGCCUUUCUCGCGACCAACAUUGGUAACGUAGUGCUGAUACAUUGGGAAGAUCUGUUUCUGGUGACUCGAGACCUCGAACUCCUCCUACGACCUUGACGCAGACUAAGAGCACACCGCCACCGACGAGCAAUCGAUCACCGCCAACGAGAAGAACAUAUUCGAGCUUCCUCUCGCAACCUUCCGACAAUGCUUGGGAACAGGAAGAGGACCAGUUUGGAGUGGACGAGGAUGAAGACGAGUUCGGGCUACCCAGUAUAGCGAGCAUGCGCAGGAAGGGCAAGCGGAUAUCAGACAAGAAGGGCAAAGAUCCUGGAGGAGGCGGGGGCGGUGGAUAUGGACUUGGACAGGUCAACAGCAAGGAGAGUGCUUUUAGAAAUGGAACCGCCACACAAUCCACCAGCCUAGUCAACUGGGCAUUGAACGACGGUGAUGUAGCUUCAGAGCGCGCAAUACCGGCAUAUCCAUCUCUCAAGAAGACAACCGAAGGCCAGAAGAUCCUACGACCGCAAUACAAGGACAUUCUACGGGAUCCGGCAAACAGUCUGCACCUGAUAUCACAUCCUUCGGUACCUACUGGCGCUUCCGCAAAAGAGAUCGAGGCCCAUUCAGCUAGGAUAACAAGGAUCAACAAGUUCAAGAAGAUACUACAGGCAUCAUCUAUUUCCUUACCUGAAUUGCGGGAAGCAGCAUGGUCUGGCUUACCGAGUGAAGUGCGCGCCAUGACCUGGCAAAUACUCCUUGGAUACCUCCCCACAAGCUCAGAACGGCGCGUAGCCACACUCGAGCGAAAACGAAAAGAAUACCUUGACGGCGUGCGGCAAGCCUUUGAGCGCGGAACCAUGGGCGCCGAAAAGCCAGUGGAAACAUCGGGCAUGGGAUCUUCCUCUUCAUCCCCCGUCUCCAAUCGCGGCCGUGGCAGAGGGUUGGAUGAGGCAAUAUGGCAUCAAAUCAGCAUCGACGUACCCCGAACCAAUCCCCACUUGCAGCUCUACAACUACGGUGCAACCCAACGCUCACUCGAACGAAUUCUCUAUGUCUGGGCUAUCCGGCAUCCAGCAUCGGGCUACGUACAAGGAAUCAAUGACCUCGUAACACCCUUUUGGCAGGUCUUUCUGGGCCAGUACAUCACCGAUCCCGACAUAGAAUUCGGAAUGGAUCCCGGUCAACUCCCCAAACCAGUCCUCGAUGCCGUGGAGGCGGAUAGUUUUUGGUGUUUGAGCAAGCUCUUGGAUGGAAUUCAGGACAAUUACAUCCACGCACAACCGGGAAUUCAAAGGCAGGUCGGUGCGCUGAGGGAUCUGACGAAGAGGAUAGACGGGAGCCUCAGCAAACAUAUGGAAGAGGAAGGGGUUGAGUUUAUCCAGUUUUCUUUUCGGUGGAUGAAUUGUCUCUUGAUGCGGGAGAUCAGUGUCAAGAACACGGUCCGCAUGUGGGAUACUUACUUGGUACGCCUCUCCUUUCCCCUCUGCUCUGUCUCCCUACCUACUUACUUACUCAUGCUCGCGCAGGCCGAAGACCAGGGCUUCAGCGAAUUCCACCUCUACGUCUGCGCCGCUUUCCUCGUCAAAUGGUCCGAGAAACUGCAGAAGAUGGAUUUUCAAGAGAUUAUGAUGUUUCUGCAGUCUCUGCCUACGAAGGAAUGGACGGAAAAGGACAUUGAAUUGCUUUUGUCGGAAGCUUUUAUUUGGCAGAGUCUGUUCAAAGGAAGCAAGGCGCAUGUCAGGCAAGUUUCUAGUGGGAGCAUUCCUGCUGGAGGGUUGAACCUUUGA